AUGGAACUGCGUUAUGGGGCCACCUUCAGUGUCGUGGGAGGUGAGUUAUAAAUGCUCAUACUAUUUGCCUGGUUUGAAACAAACCAAACAUGUUGAUGCACGCACCCUGAGUAUAGACAUGUCAACGCUUUUAAGGAUUCCGACUUUUGCAACUGUUAAUUCCUUUAAGUAUAUUUUAAACUUCGGACUUUUUGCCUCUGGUCUGAAGUAAAGUUCACAGUUUUGCAUUUUCUUCUUAGUAAGACGAUCCCCCUGUGACUAAUAUUUGAUUUGUAAAACAUGAACUAUUGAUGACGGUGAUGUCAAUGACAUAUGGUCUACUUUUUAAGCAAGCCAGAUGGCACUAAUUUAAGGACAAACUGUUGUAGAGAAGCUGACUAACAAAGCUAAUAUUUCCCAUGGCAACCGACAGGAUAGCGGUCCUUGGCUUAAUUUCAGGCCGUUGGACUCGUUAAUUGGAGGUCCUGCCAAGCUCAGGGUGGGCAUUGCUCUUUUAUUACGACUGAUUAGCCUGAAAUAAUUAUCAAAGUCCCCCAUCUCUACCUCAGUAAUCCCUUCUAUAUGUAUAGAAUUCCUUUUAUGCAUGACGCAGCAGAACUCCCUCGUUUUAUGUCAUGCUUGAAAACUUUGCCCAAUCAACUCUGCUUUGGCUGUCAGCUUUGGUAAUAACAUUAACUCGCGUCGUCCGAUGGGGUCUCGCAGCUCAGAGGGUUAGAGCGUUGGCGGUACUAAAGCCUCCUGUUAACGUCGUGGAUUCGAAUCUUACCGAGGCACCGAGGUUUUCACAGUUGGUUCGAAGUGAAUAAUAACCUUAACACGCACCAUGUUUCAAGUCUUACUGACAAUUGUCAGUAUAGGUACAUUUUCCCUGCACCUAAUUCUCCCAAUAGACUGGGUCGAGUUGUGGAGUGUUGGAAGUUCUGUUGAAAAUCGAUCGCUCAGUUAAAUCUUGCGCAUUCCAUUUUAUUUGUUAGGCUCAUUGGCUACUUAACAACGAACACCAUUCAGGUCUUUGUCCAGCAGAUCGAUGACACUCUGCACCAAAGCAGUUUCACUUGCAAACGAGUCAUUUAACAUAUAUGUGCCGUUCACCCACUUCCGUUUUUCUAAACUUUUAAAUCUGCCUUUCAUUUGCACCUGAUAUUUUUUCUUCACCGAAGAGAGUAUUUUCGUAGUUGGAGGACAAACUACACAGCAGAUUGGCUCAGCGCGUGUCGAUGAGUUCCUCGUGAAGAGAAAAUGCUGGCGUAAACGGGCACCCCUCGUCGUUCGACGUCGAGAUCAUGCAGCCGUCGUCGUAAAGGUUGAGGCGGGGAAUAAAGAAGGGGAAGAACAAACCCUGCUUGGCGUUUUUGGUGGAUCCCUUAAGGAGGGGGACACUUGGCUAAACCUUCCCUGUUGUGAAUUGUAUGAAGUGAGUAAGGACAGGUGAGAACUCUCAGGAUGCAUUGCAGUUACUUUUGAAAAGCCAUUUUCUUUUUUUAAUUUUCAUUUAUACCAUCUUCCGUCUACAACCCCCCCCCCAGGUGGUACCAGUUGCCCAAUCUGGGGGAAAGGAGGUGCGGCCCAGCCGCGGCGUCAUUGCCCGGCGAUAAUCGAGUCUUCGUCUUCGGCGGUCGAGGUGACUCCUCUGUGAGCGCGUCCGUGGAGUUCUGUCAGCUGCGUGUAGGCUGGCAGGAGAGAGUGACCUCCGAGGGCUCUGAAGCAUUUUGGCAGCCAGCUGCUCCCAUGGGGACUGCGCGGGCAUUUCUCACAGCAGCCCCCUUUAGGGGAAAAAUAAUCGUCGCCGGGGGGUGGAACUG